UUGUAACUACAUCAAAAUACUGAUAUAAUAAAUACAGAGGGUAUUAAUUGGCCUGAGUGAAAAUUAUCAAUGAAAUGCAACAGAGGAUUCAGAUUGGUGCAUGCAGCUUCAAACAAUUGUUUCUAAGCUACUUCAUUACGCUCUCUUCCUUUAAAACCCCUAACCAUUCACCACUUCUUCAGUACUCACUCCUCUCUUUAUCUUGCUAUACCGUUGAGAAAAUGAAGAUGUUUAUAAAGUUGAUGAGCUUUUUGGUUCUUGCCGGUUUCUACGCCGGCGUUGGGACCGGUCAGCCUCUUGUACCGGCUCUAAUCAUAAUGGGAGAUUCCGUUGUCGAUGCCGGUAACAACAAUCACCGCAAUACCCUCAUUAAAGCCAAUUUUCCUCCUUACGGCCGCGACUUCUUUGCCCACAAUGCUACCGGCCGUUUCUCUAACGGGAAACUCGCUACCGACUUUACCGCUGAGAAUCUAGGGUUCACUUCUUACCCGGUGGCGUACCUUAGCCAAGAAGCAAAUGGGACAAAUUUGUUAACCGGAGCCAAUUUCGCCUCUGGUGCUUCCGGUUUUCAUGACGACACUGCCUUGUUAUACAACGCAAUCACAUUAAACCAACAGCUGAAAAACUACAAAGAGUACCAAAGCAAGGUGACGAGCAUGGUAGGGAGAGAUAGAGCGAAGGAGAUAUUCGCAGGCGCGAUUCAUCUUCUUAGCACCGGACCAAGCGAUUUCCUUCAAAGCUAUUACAUCAAUCCGAUUCUCAACCGGAUUUUCACGCCAGAUCGAUACUCAGAUCGUCUCAUGAACUCUUAUUCCACCUUUGUCCAAAAUUUGUAUGGUUUAGGGGCUAGAAAGAUUGGAGUAACGACUUUACCGCCGUUGGGUUGUAUACCGGCGGCGAUAACGAUGUUUGGUGGAGCCGGUAACAAUACGUGCGUCGAAAGAUUUAACCGGGACGCGGUUUCUUUCAAUACCAAACUCAACAACACUUCUAUGUACUUAACCAACAAGCUUCCCGGUCUGAAAUUGGUAGUCCUUGACAUCUAUAAUCCUCUCUUGAGCAUGGUCAUGAACCCUAUCGAUAAUGGGUUUUUUGAAUCAAGAAGGGCUUGUUGUGGAACCGGAACAAUGGAAACUUCGUUCCUUUGCAAUGCAAGAUCGGUCGGCACAUGUUCGAAUGCUACAAAUUACGUGUUUUGGGACGGUUUCCAUCCAUCUGAAGCAGCCAAUCGUGUUAUCGCAAACAAUCUUCUUGUCCAAGGAAUCUCCCUCAUUUCUUAAACCAUACUUUUUAUUCCAAAUACUCAUCCAAAUAAUUAUUAUGAUGUAAUGGAAUAUAUAUAGAUAUAUUUGAAAUAUAUUACAUAACAAUUAAGAUAUAUAAA